CUCGGAUUCCGCGGGGCUGUGCGCGCUGACAGUGCUGCGUUCGCUCGAGCGCAUCAGCGGCGCAGCAUCAUUACAACGCACCACCUUGAGGAGACGCAACACAAAAUGGCUUUGCAAAUUUAACGCUCGACUGAGAAGAAACUCUCAACGCCCCAUCAGGAAUAUAGGACUCUCGUUGUUUUUCUGAAAUAACAAAGACCAUACACAAGAAACAAGCCUGGAAAUCAACGGCGGACGGUGGGGGGAAUUUGGGGACAGUCAUGGCGGGGGUGGGAGCCAGGGGGCGAAAGACGGGACUCCCCGGGUUCUGUUGGAAAACAUGCUAUUUCCACAUUCUCUUUUGGGUCGUGUCUGUUUGUGGAGAAGAGAGGACCUUCAUCGUUGAGACGUGGCUGAAGAACUAUGGCUACCUGCUCCCUCAUGACAUCCGGACUUCAGACCUGCGAUCGGAGAAAGCCAUGCAGUCAGCGGUCGCUGCCAUGCAGCGGUUUUACGGGAUUCCAGUGACGGGAGUGCUGGACCAAACCACCAUCGAGUGGAUGAGAAAGCCACGGUGUGGGGUUCCAGAUCACCCUCACAUCAGCCGACGGAGGAGAAAUAAACGCUAUGCCCUCACUGGUCAGAAAUGGAGGGACAAGAGGAUCACAUACAGCAUACAUAAUUUCACCCCCAAGGUGGGCGAGAAAGAUACCCAGAGGGCCAUUCGCCAGGCCUUCGAUGUCUGGCAGACAGUGACCCCUCUGACCUUUCAGGAAGUGGCCUAUUCGGAGAUCAAGAACGAGGGUAAAGAGGCAGACAUAAUGAUCUUCUUUGCCUCUGGUUUCCAUGGUGACAGUUCCCCUUUUGAUGGAGAGGGAGGUUUUUUAGCUCAUGCAUAUUUCCCCGGACCCGGAAUUGGCGGAGACACACACUUUGACUCUGAUGAGCCCUGGACGUUAGGAAAUGCAAAUCACGACGGCAAUGACCUUUUCCUGGUGGCCGUACACGAAUUGGGACACGCAUUAGGUCUGGAACAUUCCAAUGACCCCAGUGCAAUCAUGGCCCCCUUCUAUCAAUACAUGGACACGCACAACUUCAAACUGCCUCUAGAUGACCUUCAGGGGAUCCAGAAAAUCUACGGAAUUCCCACAGCCAUGCUGGAGCCCACUCGACCUCUUCCUACUCUACCUGCUCGACGCACACACUCCACCUCUGAGAGAAAACACGACCGGCAGUCUCGCCCCGCUCGGCCGCCCUCUGGAGAUCGCCCCUUCUCUCCUGGCAAUGGAAAACCCAACAUCUGCGAUGGCAACUUCAACACGGUGGCCUUCUUUCGCCGGGAGAUGUUUGUUUUUAAGGAUCGCUGGUUCUGGCGUUUGCGCAACAACAAAGUUCAGGAAGGCUAUCCCAUGUUGAUAGACCAGUUCUGGAAGGGUUUACCUCCUCGCAUUGAUGCUGCUUAUGAGAGAUCAGAUGGCAAAUUUGUGUUCUUCAAAGGGGAUAAAUACUGGGUCUUUAAGGAGGUUACGGCAGAGCCCGGGUACCCUCACAGCCUGGUGGAGUUGGGCAACUGUCUGCCCCGCGAUGGCAUCGACACAGCCUUACGUUGGGAACCCGUGGGCAAAACAUACUUCUUUAAGGGUGACCAGUACUGGCGUUAUAACGAGGAGAAGCGUACAGCUGACCCAGGCUACCCCAAACCCAUCAGUAUCUGGAAGGGCAUCCCUGAUGCGCCGCAAGGAGCCUUUGUCAGUCGUGAAGGAUUUUAUACCUACUUUUACAAGGGGAAGGAUUACUGGAAGUUCGACAACCAGAAGUUAACGGUGGAGCCAGGCUACCCCAAAUCAAUCGUCAAAGACUGGAUGGGCUGCGAUCAGUCAGAAGUAGAAAAGAACAAGGACCGUCACCUUCCACACGAUGACGUCGACAUCAUGGUCGCCAUUAACGACGUACCCAGCACUGUAAACGCAAUCGCUGUGGUCAUCCCAUGCAUCCUCUCACUGUGCAUUCUGGUCCUUGUAUAUACUAUCUUCCAGUUCAAGAACAAAAACGUCCAACAGCACGUGACCUACUACAAACACCCCGUGCAGGAGUGGGUAUGACGGACCGAGGGGCGCGAUGGACCCCGGAUGCUUGAGAACAGAACAUAAAUGAGGGCUACUAUGCUGAGGUUUGACCAGUGCCUGUUUCAUGAACAACCUUGUCCCAGAAAGUGAACAAAAGACGAGGCAAGGGAGUUUCCUCUUCCUUCCCGCAUAAGACAAAACUUUACAACAAAAAUUGCAAUUUUUUAGCAUGAGCCCAACGGGCAAAUCUCCUGGGGAUUGAACAUGUGAAGUUGUGCCCUGGCCUUACGCUAACCAGGUGAAGUCUUGACGGUCACUUCAGCUUUGACCGAAACCAUCACUUUCUCUUCUCUGGGAGAGUAAGAAGAACGGCAAAUUUGCGGAACGCCAGCAAAUCCUUGUUUCGUUCUCAACAUAAACUUGUACAUGAAGUAUUAUCAAAGAAAUGAAUUGAGCAAAACGACAAAAAAAGGACUUGAAAACCAUGUAGGUAGAAAGGCCAUAGAAAAGAAUACCAAGGAAUUCUUGCAGUCUUUUUCAUUUAUGGGGAGGAUCUCCGCUAGCACUCCUCGAAGACUGCAACGUGUUUUUAGGUGGCUUUUUUAAGAAUUAAUUAGCUUCAUAACAUCAAUCUGAAUGUUUGUUUGCAUCGUUUCCCCUUUUCUCUGCUGCCCACCAUUUUUCACAAAGUAGGAAGAACGAUUUUUAAGGAACUAGGGCAGUCUUAACACCUCCUCCCUCUUGCUACUGUACACUAUUCCUUUUCUUCUUAUGCUGUAUUUAUCAGUCGGCAACAAAAGAUCCUUUCUUUUCGAUCAGACGGCACUUGCAUUACAGUCUUUAUAGGAGAGUAAAUUUGUGUCAUAACAGGUUGUUUAGGAUUAUGCCUAUUCCUUGCAAUCCUUUUAUUAGUAAUUAGUAACGUUUCCCACCUUGUUACCAUUUCACCAAGUGUAAUAUUUGAAACACUGGUGCCAGGCAGGAACACGAACAAUGAACAGAUCUGAAUAUGAAAUAGCUUUGUUCCCGUUGCCUACAGGAGAUGAUCUCUCAACUGUUCAUCUGUCCUCUUCGAAUGAACGUAACAUGUAUGUCUUGCGUUGAAGUGACUUCAAUUUCAUGUGUUCGGUGUGGAUUGUCUAACACUUUGCUCGAAAAUGUCUGUCGGGUGCUUUUAUUGGUUCGACUGUGCUAUUUAACGGUGAAGUGUGUCUGUACCAUAUUAACACAUCAUUUCGUGCUCAUCUGCUGUGUGAUUGGAUAGAAUACAUUACACAUUUGAAGGAGCUGAAAUGUAAUUGAUGUUUUUAGAAUUUCAAAUGGGACUUUUAUGGAUUAACCUGAGCGUAUAUAUAUAAAAGGUUUGUAGCAUCCUAAUCACAAUAUUAAGAUGGUAGAUUUGGCGAGACUCCCUAUAAGGCUUCACUUGGCACAUGGUUUAUCAUUUGAUAUUGAUAUUUUUGCCUUAACACAUUUAGGUUGCAUGUAAUGAAAUCCUUUUAUUUUUCUCUGUGGAAAGAGCAUUUUUAGCUACAAAAAGCCACUUUUUGUUAAUUCCGCAGAGAGUCGUGUACAUAUUGUAUUCACAGUUCAAUGGAGCAUGGGUCUGCAACAGAAACUACCUGGCAUCUACUUUUAGGUUUCCAAUGUGUCUCCACCAAUGGUUUGAGCGUUACCAUAUUUUUACACUGGGCUGGCUUUAUAGGCAUGGUGUUUGUAACAUUACGUCACGACUUUUGUAGUUGCCAUAUAUACAUCUGCCCAAACGAUCGACCACUCUGAGUUCAUCCAAUUUUGUAAUGCAUUUCAACCAAUAUGAAUGUUUUCUGAAUAGUCCUGCUGUCUGUUGAAGGCUUUGUGGGUUUGAGAAAAUGAGUUGUGUCUUCCAAAGUAACAUUUCACCCUCUUUUGUGUGGUCUGUACAGCUUUUGAGCCUUCUUUAAAGGGGAACCAUCACGUAACCACUGAUUUAAAAGACAAAAUAGAGCAAACUGUCAGUGCAUUAAGAAAAAGCUUGAGAAUCUAAUGAUACACUGUGCGAUUUUAUCAUUGUACCUUGAUACAUGAUCCCAUGGUACUUUUUUUGUUAGAAGAAUGCUUGGUGUAAUGAUUGACUAUGGAAUGUUUUAGAACAUGGUGGAAAAAAUGUAUAUAUAGUCUGGUGUUCUGGUCGAAUUGGCUCAAUGCAGUAGUAUUGUGGAGGGGUUACGUGACCCCUUUAAGACAUUGUGCCUUGUCUUUAAGUCCGCUAUGGCACACUGAACACUGCUCAUUUACAUUGAUUUCCACCUCAUUAUUUCAACAGUGGAUACAUGAAUACAUCCCUUGAUAUAUUAUUCAAUGCCUUUACUAAGUGAAAACAAUGCCUAUCUUUGUGGCCCUCCUUCUCGUUUAUCAUUUUUUGGAUCUGUUGUGCGAGCAGCUUGAUCGUGGGUAGAGAAGUGGCAUGAAAUUAGAGCAGAUUUUACAUGUUUGUGCCCACUUGGGAAAAACUCAACGUUAUUGUCUCUCAGAUAAGCGUUUUUAUUAGUCAGCUCUGAAUCUAGAGCACCUGUUCGCAAACAACAAGCAAUGUGGCCGUGAACUGAAGUGAUCUAAUGUUUCGGGUACAGGAAGUACUGGGUGGGAGUAUUUUUAAUGGAACACACUGUGCAUCACCAAUUGUCUUCCUCAACUUUCAAUCCAUCUGAUGAGCUGGUGUUGAUAUAAGAGACAGCAAAACCACUUGCUCUAAUAAGCCAUGAACUGAAAUUUGACAAUGUGGCACAAUAGUGUGUUCCAGUUCCAAACUAAAGAGGUUUUAUGUGUGUUUAGCAGUUCAAAUGGUAAGAGUUUAAAAAGGUAUGUUCUUUAUCAAUACGAGGAUGUCUUGUGAUGGAAGAAAACUCUUGUGGCAAGGCUGCUUAAGUACUCUUGAGUAGAUUGGGAUCAAAAUGUCAAAUUUAUUUGUAGGAUAAUGGAUAAACUCUAGAAGUUUUUACACAUGGUCACGUCAUGCAUCUUGAUCAUUCGUAUCGCAAUCCAAAAGUUUUCUGAAACACAAUAUCGUUUACUGUACAAUCUAUUGGCUGAUUUGGCGAUUAACACGGUUGCUUGUUUUUGUGCAAUCCCAAACGUCUGUACGCUGCCGUAAUUCAAUUUGGGACGACUACAAAUGUGUAUUUUUGCUAUGUUGCAUCUACUAUGCCAUUCAAAACACGUCCAGAAAAUAGGUCUCAAAUGCCUUUUUUGAAGGCAUUAACAAAAAUGCAUGACGUGACUAUGUGUCUCUCAGAAUAAGAUAUGCAGGCAUUUUUAUCUUUUAAUCUGCACUAUUAACACUUAAGGAUUGGAUUGUGAAACAAAACAGGACAUUUCGGUUUACAAACCAUGCCAUUUCAUGAGGAAUUGUGAAGCUAACGGCGCACUGUGCAAAGCCCGUAUUAUAUGUAUAUAUUAACACAGUGAACAUUUAGCAGUGUCGAAAAGUGAAACGUUUAACAGAACUAAAGUGUAUUUAUCAAAGGUGGGUAUCUUUAGAAAUGCUUGUCGUACGGUCAUGUGAAAGGUUUGUAAAGAUAGAGGCUUAUCAUAUGAAAAAAGCUGUUUAUUUAUCAUUAAAGGAGAAUUAGGGUAUUGUACACAUUUUCAUUUGAAAUCAAGGUGAAGCCAUGCCUAUAACCACAUUAGUUGCACAGACAAAUAAAUAAAUACAGAACUGUACAGGGAGAUACAUAAAUAGGAAUUCUCUGGUAAUUUGCCUCUUUUUAAUGGGUACGAUCGUGGCUUCGGACAACAGUCACUUUAAACCCGAGCUGCUGUUGCCUUUUGUUUUUUAUGGUCCUUUUAUGAGACUUACAAUAGGACAAACAUAUCAGAGGUAGUCAAGGAACUGACUGUAUUUAUGCUUUUUAAUUACAGAGGCUUAAUUUUAAUGAAGAUUUUAUCUGAGAUAGCUUUAACAUUUUUUUUUUCUUUUUAUUAUUCUUUUUCUUGACUGACCAUGGGGGAAUUUACUGUAUAAGUGUAUAUAACUGGUUGUUUUUUCCCUUUGACAAGAAUUUAAGAGUGAACAUCUCACUCUGUAGUUUCAAUGAAUUCAGAUUCUGUCCUUGGACUUUUGAUAUUUUCUGAUUUACAGGUCAAAUGUCGCUGUCUGCUCAGCUUCGUCCGGGUUUUAAUGGUCAUGUAAAUACAAAGAUUUACUGAAACUUUUCAGACCUUUUGUAUUUUCCUUUCACUCUAACGGUAGCCUAUGAUUUCACAUUGUCAUGCAUAAUGUUGAUUAUUAAGAAUGAGAGUGAUUGCUUUACUAAUAUAUUAGAUAUGAUUUAAGUUUUAUUUCUUGAAUCCUGUUUUUGAAUCCUUUGGACAAUGAGUCGAUUUUAUUUACGGUUUCAGUCUACAGUUUUACACUGUGUAUCUAAUAUCACCAUGUUCAAAGAAAUGUCAAUAAAAGAAAAUUACAUUAA